AUGGAUUUGUUGUUAUACAUGAAAUACCAAACCAACAAACGUAUUCUUGCUGAGACGACAUACAAAUUCUUAAUUAUUAUUUAUAUAAGAGGCAUACCCAUGCAAACUGGUAUCGAUAAAAUUACACAGGCUGUACAAUAUGAUAAUGAAGGAAAGUAUCCUGAGGCAAUUGCCUGUUAUAAAGAUGGCUGCAAAGUUCUAAUGGAAUCCCUCAGAUUUGAAAAGAAUCCAUAUGUAGUAAAGAAUUUAAAUGAAAAGAUCGUGUCCUAUAUUGAUCGUGCAGAAAAACUAAAGAAACAAGUUGAAGAAAGCAAGAAGCCUGCAAAGCCAAGUCAGGAAGACGAUGACGCUGACGAAGGCAAGAAGCUCCAAAGUCAGUUAAGCAGCGUGAUCGUGACCUCGAAGCCAAAUAUCAAAUGGGAGGAUGUUGCAGGUCUGAAAGUGGCGAAGGACGAACUGAUGACCGCUGUGAUUCUCCCUGCCACGCAGCCUCAAUUGUUCGCAGGCAAGCGCGCUCCCUGGAAGGGCAUUCUGCUCUACGGCCCUCCCGGAACGGGUAAAUCCUAUUUGGCGAAGGCCGUCGCCUCCCAGGCCGACAGCACGUUCAUGUCGGUGUCGUCUGCGGAUCUGGUGAGCAAAUGGCAGGGAGAAACGGCUCGAUUGGUGAAGAAUCUGUUCCAGCUGGCUCGGAAGAACAAGCCGACGGUGAUCUUCAUCGAUGAAAUCGAUUCGCUGGGCGGGUCGCGCGACAGCGGAAACAGCAGCGGCGGCCAGAAGCAGGCCUUGACGGAGUUCUUGGUGCAGAUGGACGGCGUGGGCAAGGACCAGACCGGGAUUUUGGUGCUGGGCGCGACGAACGUGCCGUGGGAAAUCGAUUCGGCGCUGCGUCGCCGCUUCCAGAAGCGAAUUUACAUUCCGUUGCCGGACGAAGAGGCGCGGAAGGCGAUGUUCAAGAUCCAUUUCGGGAAGGAAAUGCACGAGCUGACCGACGAGGAUUUCGACUAUUUGGCCAAGCACACAGAGGGAUUCUCCGGCUCGGAUAUCAGCAAUCUCGUCACGCAGGCCCUGCUCUCGCCGCUGCAGAAGCUGCAGAAGGCGGAGUACUUCUAUCUGGGCAAGGACGGGAUUUAUUAUCCCUGCGCGGCCAGCAGCGCGGGCGCGAUUCGGAUCAGUCUGUUCGAUCUGCCGCAGGGCAAGGUGACGAACCCGAUCUUCAAGCGAGAAGACAUCGACGAUCUGCUGAAGCGCGCGGUGAAGGCGUCCUCAGCGACGGAGCUGAAGCGCUACGAAAAGUGGACGAAGGAGUUCGGAGAGGAAGGCGUCUAA